AUGAAGAUAUUACCACAAUCAACGGACAACAUGUUGAUAGCCGCAACAAUUAGGAUAGCCGAAACUGAAUCAAUUGAUGAAAAUUCAGUUUCAAAAUGUCCAAAUUUGCAGCUAUUAACGAUUUUUAAGAAUCAAAUACGAGAACUUCCAGAAAAUUUGCUGACAAAAAAUUUAAAAUUGACUAAAUUCACUGCAAAUGAUAACAAGUUGACAGCACUUCCCGAGAACUUAUUUGCAAAUCAAUUGAAACUUAAAGUUUUAAAUUUGCAUAGAAAUCAAAUAAAUGUUUUGCCUAGAAAAGUUUUUCGUGCCCUUGUGAACCUUGAAGAGCUUCAUUUAAGCAAAAAUAAUCUUGAAUUAUUGAAUCCAGAAUGGUUCACAAAUUUGCACAAUUUAAAGUUCUUAGCCUUGAAUGGAAAUCAAAUUUCGGAAAUUCCAUCAAACGUUUUUACAUCACUGAGAAAUUUGGAAAGUUUAACGCUUAAAAGAAAUUUGAUAAAAAUAUUAAAUUCUAACAGUUUUAACGGUCUUCAAAGCUUGCAAGCAUUAAUUUUACGCAAUAAUGAGAUUUCUGAUCUACCAGCUGGAGUCUUCACUUCAUUGAGAAACUUACAACAAAUGACUUUAAGAAACAAUCAAUUGACAAUAAUUCAUGCAGAUUCAUUUGGAAUUCACAAUAAUUUGACAGUUCUUUCUCUUGAUGAUAAUAAAAUCAACUCAAUUUAUCCUGAAUUUAUCAACAAUACAGCAUUAACGUUCCUUAACAUGAGAAAUAAUGAUUGCUGUAAAUUGUUGAUGCCAAAAACAAAUAGUGAAGACUUAAAGAUCAAAUUAAAGUCUUGUUUCGUAAACUAUAUACCAAGAAGUCAAAAUUUUCCAUCAUUCUCAUCCGAGUUCUCUUUAAAUGACUCAGAAGAAUCAAUUGUUGUCCUUUAA